AUGGGUACAGGUGGAGAUAAUCUAGUUGUUAUGGUGAGUCGAGUCGUUCAAGGACAUCGCAUCAGUUUUAGCAAUGAAGAUUUGCCUCUUGAAGGUGUGAUGCAUAAAAAAGCUCUUUAUGUCACUAUUAAGUAUCGCAAAAAUAUCAUGAAUCGGGUAUUGAUCGAUGAUGGAUUGGGUCUUUACAUUUAUCCCUUAUCGACUCUCAAACAAUUGAACUUUGAUUUGGGAAAUGUCCGACAGAACCAAGUUAAGGUUAGAGCUUUUGAUGGGGGUCAAAGAGAUACAUUAGGAGCUGUGAACUUGGGUAUUCAAGUAAGUCCUGUUGAUUUCAUUAUACAAUGCCAGGUGAUGGACAUCACCACCAGCUAUAACUUAUUAUUAGGAAGACUAUGGAUCCAUAUGGCUGGAGUUAUGCCCUCUACUCUCUAUCAGAUAAUAAAGUUCGUAAAGAAUAACCGUGAGGUGGUCGUUUAUGGUGAAGGAAGUCAUGCAAAUGAUUGCACGCCAAUUGUUGAUGAUAUUACUAGAGGGAAGUACUUCCAAGGAAUCAUCGAGCCCAUUAAGAUUCUCGAUAAAGGAUUGAAGCAUGGUUUGGGAUAUGUCCCUACAGAAGAUGAUGAGGCAGAUGUGACAAGCAGGAAGAUUAAUCGGGUACUAGCUAGGCCAAUACCUCACUUGUAUAUAUCAUUUCCAGUGCAAGAAUAUAUCGAUGAUGGCGAUCUUGGGGAAGGAAUCUGGAAUCUUUUUGAAGAAGUUGACACAAUCUUAGAGGAAGAAAUAGGGACAUCGGGCAUCCAUAAUGCUGAGCUAGAAGAUAAAAAAAACUUAAAACCUUCCAAUAUCAUGUUAUGUCACAAGAUAAAUGAACAAAAUGAGAUAGAAUGUGAUGAGUUCGAGGAUUAUGAUGAAGAGGCUACAAUACUUGAACACCUCGCCGAGGGAUUAAAACUAUUUGAGGAGCAAUACAAGCCAAAUCAAGAGGAAACUGAGGCUGUGAAUCUAGGAGAUGACGAGUGUAUCAAGGAAACCAGAAUCAGUGUCCAUCUAACAAAAGCUGAGAGAAAGGAACUUAUCAAUUUGCUUAAAGAGUACGUCGACAUAUUUUCUAAGUCUUAUGAUGACGUGUCAGUUCCUAAGAAGGAUGGCAAGAUCAGAAUAUGUAUUGAUUAUAGAGAUCUGAACAAACCUAGCCCUAAAGAUAACUUUCCAUUACCAAAUAUCCACAUUCUCAUUGAUAAUUGUGCCAAGCAUGAGAUGCAGUCAUUCAUGGAUUGCUACGCGGGUUAUCACCAGAUUCUAAUGGAUGAAAAAAAUAUAGAAAAGACAGCUUUCAUCACGCCGUGGGGUGUGUAUCAUUAUAGGGUAAUGCCAUUUGGUCUCAAGAAUGUUGGGGGCACUUACAUGAGAGAAAUAAUGAUCAUUUUUCAUGAUAUGAUUCACAAGGAAUUUAAAGUAUAUGUGGAUGAUGUCAUUAUCAAAUCCCGUGAGAGUGCGGAUCAGUUAACUUACUUGAAGAAGUUCUUUGAUCGCCUGUGCAAAUACAACUUGAAAUUAAAUCCUGCUAAAUGUGCUUUUGGGGUGCCAGCCGGCAAGUUAUUGGGAUUUAUAGUCAGUAGAAGGGGUAUCGAGCUUGAUCCCGCUAAAAUCAAGACCGAAGAGUGUCAAAUAGCUUUUGAUGCUAUCAAAAAUUACUUGUCUAAUCCGCCGGUGCUAGUUCCUCCGAGGGAAGGAGUUCCAUUGUUGCUAUAUCUAUCUAUCUCGGAUAAUGCAUUUGGAUGCGUGCUAGGUCAACAUUAUAAGAUUGGGAAGAAGGAACGAUCAAUCUACUACUUAAGCAAGAAGUUUGCUCCAUACGAGGCUCGUUACACUCUUUUGGAGAAAACUUAUUAUGAUUUAACCUGGAUUGCUCAAAAUUUGAGACAUUACUUGUCUUCAUAUACUACAUAUAUCAUUUCCAAGAUGGAUCCAUUGAAGUAUAUUUUUCAGAAAGCGAUGCCCACUAGGAAAUUGGCAAAAUGGCAAAUGUUGUUGAGUGAGUUUGAUAAUGUGUAUGUGACCCAAAAGGCGAUAAAAGCACAAGCCUUAGCAGAUCAUCUCGUAGAAAAUCCAGUUGAUGAAGAGUAUGAACCGCUCAGAACUUAUUUUCCCGAUGAAGAGGUAUUAUUUGUAGGGGAAGAUAUCUCCAAGGCAUACCCUGGUUGGAGAGUAUUUUUUGAUGGGACGGUGAAUCAUGAAGGAAGUGGGAUUGGAGCAAUUCUAAUAUCAGAAUCUGGCCAACAUUAUCCUAUGGCAGCCAAACUCCAAUUUCGUUGCACGAACAAUAUGGCUGAGUAUGAAGCAUGCAUUAUGGGUCUAAAGAUGGCGAUCAAUAAAGACAUUCAAGAGUUGCUGGUAAUCGAAUAUUCAAAUUUGCUGAUUCAUCAAGUUUAG